GCAAUAUAGAAACAGAAACAAAUCAACUGUAACGUGUAUUAGAACGUUGUGUGAAGAGAACAUUUUUAAUUUAAUUAAAAAACUCCUUUAAAAACAAAUCCAAUAAGAUGCCAGCCAACAAUGUCAACACUUUAGUGGGAGCCACCACCCGUUAUAUAGCUGGACGUCAUGCUAUGCAAACUUCUUAUUGGCGUGCUGCUCCUGGAACCAGUGGCAAAAUGGUGAAAUACAAUAAAACUUGUGAAUUUGAUCGUACACAACAAAUGCCCAAGGAGAUAAGAAUUCAACGUUAUAAUCAAAAUUUCCAUAAAAUAAAACAUGAAAUUUGAAUAUAAAGCUAUAGCAAGGAGCGAGAAAUCAAGGAUUUCUUAAUAUUUUAGUUUAAGUUAAAAUUUUGUGUGAUACGUUUAAUUAUUAUAAGUGUGAGUGUGACAAAGUGUGGAUUUAAUUGUAGUAAUUCGAGAAAAAACAAACUUUUGAAAAAAGUUCCUAAAAUUUUAUAAAAAUUUCGGGAGUCUAUUUAGUAAAAUUCAUGUGCUUUUGUUAAAGAGUUGUAUGUGGACUUCAACCUUUAUUUUCAAAGCAUUGAAUAAAUAUUUUGAAUCACGUCUUUGGUACAUGAAUUCUACGUCAGCAUUUAAAAUGAACAAAUAAUUUUUUUUCUUUUAGUUGAUAAGCGUAUUUAUAAAUAUAAAUAAAUUAAUAAUAAUUAUAAAGUAUAUAAUA